UGUCCUAGUCUAUUUCAAUGUCUUUAAAUGAUUGUUUCUUAUAAUUACACUACAAUAAAUAAAGUAUAUAUUGAUAUAAGCAUAUGGCAAAGUAUAAUUUAAAUUUAGUUGCCUGUACAGUUAACACAAAAUUUUUGUUUCAUUCUUUAUCACCUAAAUUAGCUUAAGAUUGAUGAUUAUCAUACACGUUUUUCGCACUGAUAAAACAAAAUGAAAAAAUGUUAGAGCUCGCGUGUGACUAAAGUUUUUUUAGUGAAAAUGAAGUUAAUAUUAAUAAUAGUUAUUGUGUUUAUUGAAUUAAUAAUAAACGUUAGAGCUUUGGAUAAUAAAAGUUUGGUAGCUGUACAUUUAAUUUUUAGACAUGGAGACAGAUGUCCAGAAAUGAACAAUUUGUAUAAAAGCAGCCCAUAUUAUAACGAAUCUUAUUUCAAACCCAGCGGAUUUGGACAACUGACAAAUAAAGGAAAACUGACAGCUUAUAAUCUUGGCAAAGACAUAAGAACAAAGUAUACUGGAUUUUUGGAUGAAACUUAUAAUAUUAAUUUAAUAGACGCUCGAAGUAGUGACUUUAACAGGACUAAAGCCUCGUUACAAGCAAUGUUGGCAGGUCUUUUUCCACCAACAAAAGAACUUACCUGGUUACCAGGUUUCAAUUGGCAACCGAUUGCCACUACCUAUGUGGAAAGAAACUCGGAUAAGGAGCUCUUCUGUUUUGGUUGCCCCUCUUGGGAUGUGAAUAAAGACAGAUAUUUAGCUAGUGAAGAAGGAAAGAGUGUGUUCGGGAAAUAUGAUUCUUUACUUGAUUUUUUAUCUAAUAAAACCGAAGAAAAAUACGAAAUACUUAAUGCUUACUAUUUGAAUUUUGGAUUUGAGAUUUUGGAAGAACUUGGUUAUCCUUUACCGGAUUGGGCAUCUGACGUGUACCCGUAUCCUUUGAAAAAUUUAACUUUGGAUUAUUACGGUUCUAUUACAGCAACCAGAAAUCUUCGUCAAAUGGCUGGAGGGUAUCUUUUGAAGCACAUUUUGCACGAUACUGAUCAGAAAAUAAAUGGAAGCUAUCCCGAUAAGAAAAUGUACCUAUGGUGUGGUCACGAGAACAAUAUUGCAUCUGUACUUCAGAUUUUAAAAGUUUGGACAAUAGAUGAUGUUGCUAGUUACGGAAGUUAUAUAGCUUUUGAAUUACAUUACGUCAAUGGAGUUUUUGGAUUUCAGAUACUUUAUAAAAACCGUAAUGAGCCAGUAGUCGUCAAGUUACCAGAUUGUGAUGAAUUUUGUCCAAUAGACACUUUUAAAAAUCUAGUGGGAGCAGAUAUUCCUAUUGAUGACAGUAUUUGUAGAGGAGCUAAAUCGUCUGCAUCCAACUUAGAAGUUUCAAUAAAUUAUAUUUUAGUGCUUAUAAUUUCAGUGUACCAUGUAUUUUGUGAACAG